GGGAGGUUAUACUCUUUGUCAUAUGAUAUCCCUGGGUUGUGAUCUCCUGUUCAAACAUGUGUUUUGGCUAUUUCAAGCUUUGAGUGUUUGAGUUUAGCAAUUGUUUUGGUUUUGAAUUAACUUUGAAAGGGAUAAAUGUAAGCGUAUGUGGUUUUGAUAUGGUUUUGAUGUGGUUAGCUGUCGUUCACUGUAGAUCUGUGAAAAAGAAAGAAAAAAAAAAGUAUGUUGCAUUUGUAAAUUUAGGCUCGUUUUUGCAACUUUAAACAAAACAUAACAUAUCCACAACAAACAUAACCAAAUGAAUAGCAACAACAAGAUUGUAUAUCAGCCUGAUGAAUUGAUAAAGCUUCGUCAUUGCAAAAGACUCAAUAUUUUCAUUAGGGAUUUACAACCAAAUGUUCACAAACAUUAUCACAAUCACUACCAUACCCAACAAUUGCGUUGCCAACCACAAUUGCAAUAUUACAAGAAUAUCCACCACCAUCACUAUUAUAAUACUAAUUACCCAACUAAUUAUCCACGGAACGCCCAAGAUCACAGCAAUGAACAUGAACAAACAGUACCUUUCCCAUAUCAAACGAUAUACGCGCCACCACCAGUCAACAUCUAUCUUCCAAUACUUAAAAUUGAGCCAGGAAUGAGUAUCCCACAAGGUGGAAUUCAGAUCUAUAUCAGCUCACCGUCUCCACCUGGUAGUCCGCGAGCAAUACCUAUAGUUGCUCCUGUUAUCGGACCUACUGCUAAACCUGUUGGCAUUCGUUCUAAUACUACUACUGCUACUACUACUACUACAACAACCGCCCACCGAAAAUCUUUUUAUCUGGCCAAGUAUGUGAGCAAUGCCAAGCAAUUUAUUCCUACUGGCAGUACAGUCUUGCCAGAUGUACCCGAAGAAAGACCCAGUUUAAGUUCAUCCUCCAGUGACGUUGUUAUCCAAAUUUGAUCAUGUCUAUUGUCACGUGAUUGGGUUUGCCUCUUUUGCACACUCCGGAUUUUUUUCACAGUAUUGAGAUGCUUGUUUAGUUGUGUAGGUGUAUAUAGAUCAAUGAAUGAUAUAGCAGUAACU